AUGGGGGAACGGGGCGCAACGGGGGGCGCUUGGGGUGCGCGCGACGAUGCCUCGUGGUGGCCGGGCGGCUCUGGUGAAAUACAGCACCAACAGCAAAUAAAUGAUGAGAUAGCUCGGAGCACUGCUACUGUUUCACAUCAGUUAUAUUCUUACAAAAUGACAGGGGGCUUUUCUAAUAACGGUGGUGACACAACUUCAUCCCCAGGCUUUGACUAUCGUUUGAUGACAGGCUCUAACACAAGAGAUGAAUCUCCUCAACAACCGUGGUGGUACGCGUCGGGAUCUGUUGAAUCGCAACAGACGUCGUCACCAACGACUCAAAACCAAUCAAGCCCUGAUUCUGACCAAAGCAACCAGCAAGCUAACGGGAUACAGCAAAACCAUCAGCAAGCCCUACAACAACAGGCCCAAGAACAACAUCAAAUCCAACAGAAUCAGUUGCAACAAUUGCAACAGCAGCAGCAACAAAGUCUACAGCAGGCUUUACAACAGCAAUCCCACAAUUUGCAACAAUCAUUGCAACAGCAACAAAAUCAACAGCAACAGCAAACACUACAACAAAUGUUACAACAACAUCAACAACAACAACAACAGCAGCAGCAGCAACAACAACAGCAACAACAACAUCAACAACAAGAUCAACAAAGUGCCCAACAAACUCUACAGUUACAAGUUAGCCAGGCACAGGCUCAAGCUCUCGUGCAGGCAGCAGCGCUGCAGCAGCAAGUUGCACAUACACUCCAACAACAACAUAACCUCCAGGAACAGAUACAAGCUGCGCAACAACAGCAGAUUCAAGCUGCGCUUCAGCGCCAAUCUGCUACUUUACAGGAAUUACAACAGCAAGCCCAACAGCAGGCACUGUUAGCUCAAGCGACGAAUAAAGGCAGAAUGCCGCGAGCUCGAGCCUACAACAAACCUCGCGGCAGGAUGACCGCGUACGCCUUCUUUGUACAGACGUGCAGGGAGGAACAUAAGAAAAAACAUCCAGAAGAGAAUGUGGUGUUUGCAGCAUUCUCCAAGAAAUGCGCUGAAAGGUGGAAUACAAUGUCUGAGAAGGAAAAGCAACGGUUCCACGAGAUGGCUGACCAGGACAAGAAGCGGUACGAGCUGGAGAUGCAGAGCUACGUGCCUCCCAAGGACGUGAAGGUGCGCGGCCGCAAGCGCCAGCAGUUGAAGGAUCCCAACGCGCCCAAGCGAUCGCUUUCGGCAUUCUUCUGGUUCUGCAAUGACGAGCGGUCCAAGGUGAAGGCUAACAACCCGGAGUACACGAUGGGUGACAUAGCCAAGGAGCUGGGCCGGCGCUGGGCGGCCGCGGACCCGUCUACCAAGGGCAAGUAUGAGGCUCUCAGCGAACAGGACAAGGCUAGGUAUGACAGGGAGAUGACAGCGUACAAGAAGGGACCUCUAGCAUUGGUCCAGACACAGAUACAGCAAGAGCCUGAAGAAGAAGUAGCGGAGUAUGAUGGAGAAGAUGAGUACAAG